AAAUGGGAUUUGACCGAUACAAAAUGGUGGUGCAAGUAGUGAUUGGAGAACAAAGAGGUGAAGGAGUGUUUUAAAAGAAGAUGGAUGCACAGUGUUCAGCCAAGGUCAAUGCAAGGAAGAGGAGAAAAGAGGCGCCCGGACCCAACGGGGCAACAGAGGAAGAUGGGGUUCCUUCCAAAGUGCAGCGCUGUGCAGUGGGCUUACGGCAACCAGCUCCUUUUUCUGAUGAAAUUGAAGUUGACUUUAGUAAGCCCUAUGUCAGGGUAACUAUGGAAGAAGCCAGCAGAGGAACUCCUUGUGAGCGACCUGUGAGAGUUUAUGCCGAUGGAAUAUUUGACUUAUUUCACUCUGGUCACGCCCGAGCUCUGAUGCAAGCAAAGAACCUUUUCCCUAAUACGUACCUCAUUGUGGGAGUUUGCAGUGAUGAGCUCACACACAACUUCAAAGGCUUCACGGUGAUGAACGAGAAUGAGCGCUAUGACGCAGUCCAGCACUGCCGCUACGUGGAUGAGGUGGUGAGGAAUGCGCCCUGGACGCUGACACCUGAAUUCCUGGCUGAACACCGGAUUGAUUUUGUAGCCCAUGAUGAUAUUCCUUAUUCAUCUGCUGGAAGUGAUGAUGUUUAUAAGCACAUCAAGGAGGCAGGCAUGUUUGCUCCAACACAGAGGACAGAAGGCAUCUCCACAUCAGACAUCAUCACCCGAAUUGUGCGGGAUUAUGAUGUGUAUGCGAGGCGGAACCUGCAGAGGGGCUACACAGCAAAGGAGCUCAAUGUCAGCUUUAUCAACGAGAAGAAAUACCACUUGCAGGAGAGGGUUGACAAAGUAAAGAAGAAAGUGAAAGAUGUGGAGGAAAAGUCAAAAGAAUUUGUUCAGAAGGUGGAGGAGAAAAGCAUUGACCUCAUUCAGAAGUGGGAGGAGAAGUCCCGAGAAUUCAUUGGAAGUUUUCUGGAAAUGUUUGGUCCGGAAGGGGCACUGAAACAUAUGCUGAAAGAGGGGAAGGGCCGGAUGCUGCAGGCCAUCAGCCCGAAGCAGAGCCCCAGCAGCAGCCCUACUCACGAGCGCUCCCCCUCCCCCUCUUUCCGAUGGCCCUUCUCGGGCAAGACUUCUCCACCUUGCUCCCCAGCAAAUCUCUCCAGGCACAAGGCUGCAGCUUAUGAUAUCAGUGAGGAUGAAGAAGACUAAUGUUUCCCCUCCUUUCCCGUCCUCUCCUUCUGUCCCAUUACCUUCAGAAGCUCUCUAUUGAAUUCCAAAUUGUGACCCCAACACUAAACCUAAGGACAGCUACAAAGGAAAGACAACUGGGGCAAAAGGACCUAGGACUGGGGGAACCAAAACAGCCUGUCCUCCAAGUGACGUCACUCACCCACACGAAGGAGGGGGACUGCACCUUAGAAGGCUGCUCUGCAUCCAUUUACCCCCCCAGUGAAACAGGGCUUUGUUUCACUGUUUAUGUUCACGUGAUCUCAACAGGGAAAUCGUCAUUUUUAUUAAUUUUUUAAAAAAAUUAGUCUUUCAAAUGUAGAACUAAUGUUUUGCCCCUGAGGAGUGGGCAGAAGAAGGAGGUAGUGUAAUAUGCAGAGGCCUUUUCUUCCCGGUAUACUAUAGCAUUUGCCUUCCGUUCUGAAGCAAAGUGGCUUGCCAAGUCCUUCACGAAAUGAGCCAUGCUGAUGGGUAAUUUGUGGAGAAAUAUCUUAAUUUUGAUUUCCUUAAGGAAAAGCGAAAAGCAGAGUUACAGUCACAAAUCCCCUCAACGUACUGCCGUCACCGGUGUCGUUGUGGCUGUGGGAAGGAGAUCUGAGCCUAACUUUUCUCACUCCCUGAGGAGUUUCUUGUUGGACCCAGUGGGGUCCAUGAAGACACUGAUGGGGAUGGAAGCAGACCCAUGGCAUCAACUGCAGUGUUUCUGCUGUGUUCAUCUUCUCAGAAAAUUCUGUGGCCCAGUUCUUUGGGAGCUGUUGUCAGUCUCUUUCCUGCCAUCUACCUUCGAAGGAAGGAACACCUUUAGGGUUACGAUGAUGAGAGGAGCGGGACAAUACUCAAGCCUAUACCAACUCAACUGAGAUUAGUUUCCUACUGGGAGUAAGUGCCUGGCCCUGCUACUCCUAUUUGAAUGCUAUGAAUAUUACCUAGCCUUUUACAAAGGAUACUUUGUAAAUGUCUGCUGUUGGAAAUUGAUGUUAAUCCAGUUUGGUCAUAGCCAUAUUAGAGAGAUUUGCACAGAAUGUAGAAGCGAAAGCGUAGGAAACACCUUCCUUUCUAAAGCAACAGCCUUAUCACCUUGACCUCUGUCCCUCUUAAGAACAUUCUUCACUGGAACCAGUGCUCCACAGUCUUUGUAUUCCUCUGAGAGCCGCAGUUGGCAGGGCCCUCCCUCCGCCGCCUCUCCAGCAAGCCACAGAGCAUACCCUCAUGUGACAAGAGUGUGGUAGGUUUUCUGCCCACUUCUCGCACACGCCUGGUGGUUGUGGUUCCAUCUCCCCUGUUAGCUUGCCCGGGGGAUUCAACACUUGAAUUUCAAAUCAAAGAAUGCUAAUGCUUAGCACUUGCUGUUGAGCAUGAUCUAACUUUUAAAGCCCUGGCCUCCUGUCUCCUCAGCUACUUAGCUACAUGGCCUAGCAGAUCAUCAACCAUCAGUAGUCCUGUGGCUAGAUUCAGGGGAAAAUUGCUUAUGUCCAGGCCCCACCCCCUGUCACUCAUAAAUACCCCUUGUGGGGGUGGAAUUUUAGUGUUUUCAGCUAAGAAAACUACAUUUUCUCUUUUCUUGCCUCUCUGCUAGGACUGUGAGCAUCUCAUAGUCCACUCCCUAAACACUCUGGUAACACCUCUCUUUCCGCCUGAGGGUCAGAGGCUAGAAUCACUGCCUGAACGGCAGGACUACCUUGGUUCUUAAAACUUGGAUCACCCAGGCAAGGCGCGGUGGCUCACGCCUGUCAUCUCAGCACUUUGGGAGGCUGAGGCCGGUGGAUCACUUGAGGCCAAGAGUUUGAGACCAGCCUGACCAACGUGGUGAAACCCCGCCUCUACUAAAAAUACAAAAAUUAGCCAGGCAUGGUGGUGGGCGCCUGUAAUCCCAGCUACUUGGGAGGCUGAGGCAGGAGAAUCCCUUGAACCCAGGAGGCGGAGGUUGCAGUGAGCCGAGAUGGUGCCACUGCACUCCAGCCUGGGUGACAGAGCGAGACUCUGUCUCCAAAACAAAACAAAACCACACACACACACAGAAAUAAAGAGAAAUAAUAAUAAUAAUAAAAAAACUUGGAUCACCCAGAAAGUUAUGAGCGUCACAGAGGCGAGGGAGAAUGAAGCCUCUUGUUAUCCUGAUCGCCCAUGACAACGACAUUUCUAACUCUUCUCCUGAAGCGCAGUUCUUCCUCCAAUCCAGUCACACAAGCUUUGGCUUGGAAUCCUGUCUUUGAAACAGUUGAAGUUAGUGUUUUCCCAUGUUACCCAGCGUAUAUAGUCUCAUCUUUGAACUUUUCUGCGUCAGCCUUCUCUCUUUGGGAAUCCUGCCUGUUUCUGUUGACUGAUUCUGCCUGGUGUGGAAGGGCAGUGAAGUCUGUGCUGAAGCCCGUCUACUUGGUUCCUCCGAGUGCACAUUACGCAAGUGUAUUUGGAUAGACAGGGAGAUGCCCAGAACGUGGUUUUCCUCCUCCUUCCCUAUUGGAGCCACACCUCCUAAAUAUAUUGUCUGGGUCCCAAAUGUUUGAGCCCUCUUCCUCUGCCCUCAGUGGGCUGCUCUUGGCAUGCCCUGUGCUUGGAACGGGACCUGCAGGCUGACAGGCCUCUGAGACUGCUGGGGCCAGCAAACGUACAUGUUCUUGGGAAACUCCCUUUCCCCUUUUGGUGAGCUUCCACCACCUCAGUCUAAUCGUUUUGACUGAAAGCUAUUUGUCUGACUGAAAGCUAAAAUCUUUUAUGGUGUGGCCUAUUAGAUACUUUGGGGUAAAUGUGGUCUGAGGUGCUGGACAAGCAUGGGUAGAUGGAGAAAGCUGUUGGAAAGUUGCAUAAUGUGGUCAUCUGUGCCUAAUUAAAUGAGGUUAGAGGUGUGUACACCACAACAAGGUCUGGGAUCUAAAUCUUCAGAUAUUAAUGUUUGAGGCUAUGGAGCUGUUUCCCUGAAUCCCACACAAGAAAGCAGUCAACAUGGAUGGGCCAAAUGUGGCCAAGAUGAGAGAGCCAGAAAUGUUGGCCUUAGAGCAGAGCCCUCUGUGUGUGAGAUAUCAGAAGGCCAGAGCCAGAGCCGGGGAGGUGCCAGCGCAGCCACUGCCUUCGGUGGGCUGGAUGGAAAGCCGGGGAGGUGCCAGCGCAGCCACUGCCUUCGGUGGGCUGGAUGGAAAGCCGGGGAGGUGCCAGCACAGCCACUGCCUUCCGGUGGGCCGAACGGAAAUCUUGCUCUUAUGCUAGAUUCAGAAGCACUGAAGAAUGGAGGUUGAAACUUGAGAGGACUAGGAAGGGAUCAUUUGUGCUGUUGCAGCUAUUGCUGAUAGCUAGAGCCAAAGACCAUUAUAUUGCUGAGGCUUGGGUAAGAAAGUUAGGGAUGUGAGGAGGUUGAAAAUCCUGAAGGAGAGAAAAAGCAUGAGGGAGGCUGAGAAAACUUUUGACACUUUCUGAUCGCUGAUGACUCCUUAGGCUGAAUGAUGGUGGUUUUUUUGGAGGCUGCACCUGAGUGAUAGCGAUUUUUUUGGAGGCUGCACCUGAGUGAUAGUGAUUUUUUUGGAGGCUGCACCUGAGUGAUGGUGGUUUUUUUUUUGGGCUGCACCUGAGCGAUAGUGAUUUUUUUUGGAGGCUGCACAGCUGGUCAGACCAUCUCUAGAUGUUCUUUCUACAGUGGUUCACAGGGCGUCAUUCUGCCUUCCUGGAUUAUCUUGACUAUGGGUAGCUUAUUUUCAAGAGCUCUUUGCCUUUUUAAUCCUGUUCCAGAUCACUUAUCCAAAAUCUUUCCAAAUCAAUUAUAUUUUGCUGCUUUUCUUUAAUUCCCUAAAAGCCAUAGCUUCUAGAUUUUCUAUCAGCACACGUCUCACCAGAAGUUGAACCAAUACAGGUAGAAAAAGAAAGCCCCCUUAAUGUUUUUAACUGAUGAUAUUUUUUUAAACUUACCAAUAUAAGUAUUUUUAAAGGUUCUAUUUUUCAAAGUCAUAACAAUGAUUGUUCUUGUUUUCUCAUAGAAUAGACUGCCAUGGGAUAAAGAGUGGUCCCUAGCUUCUAUUUUUCCAAGUAAAUAAGUAGAACAUGUUCUUGAGAUUAUACCAUUAAAUGUUAAUUUUCUUGAAGAAAGAUUGUUGUCUGCCAAGAUUUUAUGUUAGCGCUCAGAUUGAGGCAGAAAACGGAAGCACCAGGUUUAACACUGGGAUGACUUGGGUUGUGUUCCUGGAGGUUUGAAGUGGGCCUUCCCGCCUUUUGAGGGGGAAAAUGGACUGUUUUGAACACAUAUCCUGGAUUAGUUGGGUUGUUUUGUAUUGAGGAUCCCUAAAAGACAAGAGAGUCUUGGAAAGGACUGCUGGCUUCGUCGUGAACGUUCGCCCCAUCACCAGUGUGAGUCCGUGGGGAAGUUUUCCUCAAGUGGGGUUCAGUCUGUAAUUUUCCUGUCUGUUCUUAGUUUGUUCUGAGUUAUUUUGGAUUUUGUUCUUUAGCCAAAUAAAGGCAAUGUGGUUUUACCUGA